UUCAAGUAUUUUCCAACGUCCCCAACAACAACAAGUUCUUCAAUUCCCUCAAUCUUCUUCUGCUCAUUUCUUCCCUCACCCACGCCCAUUAGUUGAAGAUUUUAAGAAUUCUCGCUCUUUCCUUGAUGGAUUUGGUGAAAUGCACCAACCAUCUUUGUUUAUGCAAAAUAAUCAAGUUGGGGAACAAGAAGAGCAACAACGCCCUCGUUUUUUCUCUCCAUGGGCACUUCAGCAGAAUGAAUUACCAUCAUCACAUCCAAUAAUGCCAUCUGGGGAUAUGCAACAACAACAGCAAAUACCUUCCUUUAUUGACAAGUUUCUUCGCUGGCCAAGAAUUAAUGGAUUCCGUCAAUCUGCCCCAGAAAUGCUUUUCUUCCACCCUUUCUUCCAACCACAACAACAACAGCAACAACAAAUGAAUAUGCGUUUCCCUCCUCCACCUCCUCCCUCUUCGGAGUGGGCUCAUCCUCAACAAAAUAGCUUUGGAUUUGGUGGAAAUUCUGGAGCUUUGCCUCGUCCUUCAUCUUUUGAGCAUUGGAAUAAUGGGGUAUUCCAACCACAACAAAAUCCAAUGCCCCAACAACAACAACAAAUUCCUUCAAGUAUGGGAAUGAUGGGUGGACGUCAAAUUGAACAACAACAAGUGCAACAGCAACCUCCACAGCCCCAACAACCACAGCCUGAGGCAAAGCUCUCUGCACCAUCUGUUGUUAUUGGCGAUAGUGGAGAAGAGAAAUCUCAAGUUGUUCAACAACCAGGACAACAACCACAACAGCCAAAACAACCAGAACAAAAAGAAUCUUCCUGGAUGACUCCAGAUUUAUUGCCAGCCUGGUUAUUUGAUAAUCUCUCCUCUCGUAAAUCAAACGCUGCUGGAGGCCCUCCAUUGCCUCAACAACCCGCAGAAAUGGCUCCUCCAAAAUUCCCUUCUGUUUCAGUUAUUGAGAAUAACCCUUCUGGAAGUAAAAGUGAAAGUGAUUCAAAAUCCUCAAUUGAUGAGGGAAAUAGUCGAAGCGACGAAACUGAGAAUACUCCAAGCAGAAUCUCAGCUGAUGCAUUGCCCGUUGAAACACCUAAAGUUAUUGACAUUGCACAUGGAGAGAUUGGAAAGAUAAACAACAACAAGGAUGAUAAAGAUGAUGAUAAAGAUGACACCAUUGGAAAUUCUCACCAACCAGAAGAAGUUAUUGAGGUUGAUGCUGCUCCUCAAUUAAAUGAACAACAAACUGAACAGAAAAAUGAUGAACAGAAAAAUGAACAAAAUGAAUCUAAAGAUCAGAAGGAAGAUCAACCAAAAGAACAGAAGGAGGAUGAGAAGACUGAGGCAAAGCCAGUAAAUGUUCCAUUGCAACAACAAAAACUCUUCCCGGAAAUGCCUUCUGUUUUCUUCCAGGUUGAUGACCCUGCUAAUGAUCACCAAGCGGCGGCAAUUCAGCCUGCACAGGACAAUCUCCAUUUAGCAGAAAGAGCAUAA